AUGGCUUUUGGCCUGGCUGUACGCAAGGAGGAACCCGUCUCUCUGUCCAUUCCCUCGACAGCAGCUCCGGGCCACCAGACUCUUGAUGCGAAUUUCCUGUCAUACUCUAUUGAGUUUUCUUACAUGCUUGAUUAUGCAGGCAAUAAUUCCCACCCUAACGAGUUUUCAAAGCAACUAUUGGAAAAUAUUCACGAUAUCAGCGGGGCAUAUCCCAUAAUCAGAGCCGGCGGGUCCACCUCCAAUAGGGCUGUCUUCCUCUCGAACCAAUCUGAGGCUUUAGUUCAAGAGUUUGGCUCGGAUCCAGAUCAGCCCAAAUCGCUAAGCAUCGGACCGGCUUGGAUGGAAUCAUUCCAGCAAUUUCCCAAGGAUACACAAUAUAUUUACGGUCUCAACUUCUACGAUGGCGAUUCCGGACUUGAAAAAACAGUGUCGGAAGCUGCCGCUGCAUACAAGGAAAUCGGAAGUCAUAUUUAUGCAUUUGAGAUUGGGAACGAAGUCAACGGAUUUCAGUGCAGUAGCCGCCGUGACUGUGAUUACACCGUUGCCAGCUAUGCUGAUCAGUUCAAGGAGUACGCUGCGGCGAUUGUAAAGCAGUCUCUCGGAGACGCUCCCAAGGGUGACAAGGAGCCGCUUUUCCAAGGGUGUGCAUUCACGGCGCCCAACCAUAUAGGGUUCAAUGAAACUCCGUUUUGGAAUGUUGAAAAUGCGCUGAAGGAGGGACUGGACUCUACAGGCAUGGUGAAAACGGUCGCCGACCAUGAUUACAUGGGAUCAGCGUGUGACGGGAAAACCGAUGCAACUAUCGAGGACGAGUUGCUCAACCAUCACCACAUGACAGACAAGAUGUACAACCAUGAGUAUCUCGGGAACUACUCCGUGUCCAAAGGGGUUCCCUAUGUUCUGGGCGAGACGAAUUCAAUUUCAUGCCAAGGUCUCGCGAACGUGUCGGACGUCUAUGCUGCGGCCUUGUGGUCUGUGGACUACACGCUCUAUGCCGCUAGUCUGAAUAUAUCUCGUGUCUACUACCAUAUGGGCACUCCGUAUCGGUACAGCCCCUGGCAGCCACUGAGGAUAAAUGAAACUGCAGCACACGUGAAGCCGCUCUAUUACGGCAAUAUGUUCGCAGCGGCAGCUUUUUCGGGAGGAAACAAGCAGGUUUCGGUUCUGCUAAACGAGAGUUCUCUUGCAGCGUACGCGAUCUACGAUACGGAUUCCGAGUCCAAGACCUUGUUGAAGUCGGUUGCCAUGCUCAAUCUUGAUGUCUGGAACUCCACACAGCCUGCAGAUGAACGGCCAUACAAAGCAUUCAAGCUGCCGAGCGACACGUUUUCUGGUGCUAGUGUCAAGCGACUGACAAGUCCGGGAGUCGAGAUCGCCGAUAAUAUCACCUUUGCCGGCCAGCAUGUAGAUGACAAGGGAUCGGUGGUUGGAAAGCAAGAAGUUGAGAAAGUAAGCGAUGGAGAGGUGCGGGUUGCAGCUGGGGAAGCGGUGCUUGUGACAUUGUCAUCCUGA